GUCCCCAAACCCCUAAAGCAAAGCCAGCAGCAAAAGCUUCGAACAAAAAUAAUAAUAAUAAUAAUUUUAAAAAAAUUAAUCUGAAACCCUAAAAUUGAUCAGAAAUCUCUCGUCCUCAACCCAUGAAAUCCCCUCCGACAACGACCUUAAUCCAUCAUUCUUGUUCAUAGGGCUUCAUAUUAAGCUCUGUUACUUUCUCACUUUCUCUUCCUCAACAAUGUCUCUCCCACCUGUACAGUGUCUGUACGUUACAGAAGACUGUCUCCGUGAAUGGAAGGCUGGGAACCCUAAUUUUAAGCUCAAUGAUCCCGUUCCUAUGCUCCGCUUUCUUUACGAGCUCUGCUCUAGCAUGGCUCGUGGAGAGUUGCCGCUUCAGAAGUGUAAAGUGGCAUUGGAUUGUGUUGUGUUCACGGAUAAGGUUACAGACGAAGAGAUUGGCUCCAGUCUUGCAGAUAUAGUAACCCAAAUGGCUCAAGAUCUUACAAUGCCUGGAGAAUAUCGUGCUCGUCUAACAAAGCUGGCAAAAUGGCUGGUUGACUCUGGGUUAGUUCCAUUGAGGCUUCUCCAUGAGCGCUGUGAGGAAGAGUUUCUUUGGGAGGCUGAAAUGAUUAAGAUUAAGGCUCAAGAGCUGAAAAGUAAAGAGGUUAGAGUAAACACUCGUCUUCUUUAUCAACAAACUAAAUUUAAUCUUCUUCGAGAAGAGAGUGAAGGCUAUGCCAAGCUGGUUACCCUUCUCUGUGGAAACACAGAAUCUUCAUCAUGUAGUGUAUCAGGAGCAACUAUUGGCAUAAUUAAGUCGUUAAUUGGUCAUUUUGACCUGGAUCCAAAUCGUGUUUUUGACAUUGUAUUAGAGUGUUUUGAACUUCAGCCCGAUAAUAGUGACUUUUUGGAUCUAAUUCCGUUAUUUCCCAAGUCUCAUGCUGCACAAAUUCUCGGUUUUAAGUUCCAAUAUUAUCAGCGUAUGGAAGUAAACGGUCCUGUUCCAUUUGGACUCUAUAAGCUUACAGCCUCGCUGGUGAAGGAAGAUUUUAUUGAUCUGGACAGCAUAUAUGCGCAUCUACUUCCCCAGGAUGACGAGGCAUUUGAGCAUUAUAAUGUUUUCUCUUCUAAGAGACUUGAUGAGGCUAAAAAGAUCGGUAAAAUAAACCUUGCUGCUACCGGUAAAGAUCUAAUGGAUGAUGAGAAACAAGGAGAUGUGACAAUAGAUCUGUUUACAGCCUUAGCAUUAGAAACUGAGGCAGUUGCUGAGAGGGUUGAGGAACUUGAAAAUAAUCAAACGUUGGGCUUGCUUAGUGGUUUCCUUUCUGUGGAUGACUGGUAUCAUGCAAAUGUACUCUUUGGUCGUCUCUCACAUUUGAAUCCCGUGGAGCAUAUACAAAUCUGUAACAGCUUGUUUAGGCUCAUUGAAAGGUCCAUUUCUUCGGUAUACAAGACUGUUCAUCAGGCACAUCUUCAAUCCAUUGGAUCUUCAUCUGGAGCUAGUCUUGAUGCAGUGGAUACGGUAACUUCAUCAGUGCGUGGUUCAUUCAUAGAUCUUCCUAAAGAAUUCUUCCAGAUGCUCGUCUCUGCUGGACCUUAUCUUUACCGUGAUACAAUACUAUUGCAGAAGGUAUGCCGGGUGUUGAGGGGAUACUACUUGUCUGCACUUGAGCUUGUAGAUAGCAGUGAGGCAGUUGGGAAUCCUGAAUCAGUUAAUGGUGUGAAUCGAGAUCCUCGUUUGCAUCUGAAGGAAGCAAGGUUGAGGAUAGAAGAAGCCUUAGGAACAUGUUUACUUCCUUCUCUACAAUUAAUACCAGCAAAUCCUGCAGUUGGACAGGAGAUCUGGGAAGUUAUGAGUCUUCUUCCAUAUGAGGUGCGUUAUCGCUUGUAUGGUGAAUGGGAAAAGGAAGAUGAGCGGAUGCCUAUGCUUCUAGCUGCCAGACAAAUAGCCAAGUUGGACACUAGAAGGAUCUUGAAACGGCUUGCCAAGGAGAACUUAAAGCAGCUAGGUCGGAUGGUUGCAAAGUUAGCUCAUGCCAAUCCAAUGACUGUAUUACGGACCAUUGUUCAUCAGAUUGAGGCAUACAGAGAUAUGAUUGCUCCUGUUGUAGAUGCAUUUAAGUAUUUGACCCAGCUUGAGUACGACAUUUUGGAAUAUGUUGUGAUUGAACGUUUGGCACAAGGAGGGCGAGAUAAGCUUAAAGAUGAUGGCCUAAAUUUGUCAGACUGGCUUCAAUCCUUGGCGUCAUUUUGGGGUCACCUGUGUAAGAAGUAUCCGUCCAUGGAACUGAGGGGCCUUUUCCAGUAUCUUGUGAAUCAGCUGAAAAAGGGGGUAGGGAUUGAGCUUGUUCUUCUGCAGGAGCUUAUUCAGCAGAUGGCAAAUGUCCAGUACACAGAGAACCUGACUGAAGAGCAGCUGGAUUCCAUGGCAGGGAGUGAGACUCUCCGAUACCAGGCCACCUCUUUUGGUGCAACACGAAAUAAUAAGGCAUUGAUCAAAUCCACUAACAGGCUACGAGACUCGCUACUUCCAAAGGAUGAACCAAAGCUGGCAGUACCCCUUUUGUUGCUCAUUGCUCAGCAUCGCUCUUUGGUUGUAAUAAACGCUGAUGCACCUUACAUUAAGAUGGUUAGUGAACAGUUUGAUAGAUGUCACGGGACACUUCUUCAGUAUGUGGAAUUCCUCUCUAGCUCUGUGACGCCAGCAUCAGCUUAUGCUCAGCUGAUCCCCACACUUGAUGAUCUUGUUCGUCUCUACCACCUUGAUCCCGAGGUUGCUUUCUUAAUAUACCGGCCUGUAAUGAGACUGUUCAAGAUAAAGGGAAGUUCUGAUCUCUUCUGGCCUUUAGACAAUGACCCAUCCAGUGCUGCAAUCGCAAAUUCAGAUUCUGAACAUGCCGAACACUCUGGUGAUGCAGUUUUGGAUCUUGGUCCUUCUCGGACGCCUUUGAUGUGGUCUGAUCUUCUGAAUACUGUCAAAAUCAUGUUGCCAUCAAAAGCUUGGAAUAGCCUUUCUCCUGAUCUGUAUACUACAUUCUGGGGGCUCAAUCUUUAUGAUCUUUAUGUUCCUAGAAAGCGGUAUGAAUCUGAAAUUUCCAAACAGCAUGCAGCCCUGAAAGCUCUGGAAGAGUUUUCGGAUAGUUCAAGUUCAGCAAUUACCAAAAGGAAGAAAGACAAGGAAAGAAUUCAAGAAUCUCUAGAUCGCCUGACUAGCGAGCUCCGCAAGCAUGAGGAUAAUGUUGCCUCUGUUCGUAGGCGUCUAUUUCGUGAAAAGGACAACUGGUUGAGCUCUUGUCUUGAUACUCUGAAGAUCAACAUGGAGUUUCUUCAGCGUUGUAUUUUUCCACGAUGUACUUUUAGUAUGCCAGAUGCUGUCUAUUGUGCUGUAUUUGUACACACUCUUCAUUCCCUCGGGACACCUUUUUUUAACACAGUCAACCACAUUGAUGUUCUCAUAUGUAAGACCUUACAGCCCAUGAUAUGCUGCUGCACUGAAUAUGAAGCAGGAAGACUUGGAAGGUUUCUGUAUGAGACAUUGAAGCUUGCUUACCACUGGAAGAGUGAUGAAUCUGUAUAUGAGCGUGAAUGUGGAAACAUGCCAGGCUUUGCUGUGUACUACAGAUAUCCAAAUAGUCAACGGGUGAAUUAUGGCCAGUUCAUCAAGGUACACUGGAAGUGGAGUCAAAGAAUCACACGCUUGUUGAUUCAGUGCUUAGAAUCUUCUGAGUACAUGGAAAUCCGAAAUUCUCUCAUACUGUUGACAAAGAUCUCAGGUGUUUUCCCAGUCACUCGAAAGAGUGGAAUUAACCUUGAAAAACGGGUAAGUAAGAUCAAAAGUGAUGAGAGAGAAGAUCUCAAGGUGUUGGCAACAGGUGUUGCUGCUGCUUUAGCUGCUAGAAAGCCUUCAUGGGUUACAGAUGAAGAAUUUGGCAUGGGUUACCUUGAGUUAAAGCCUGCACCAUCAGUUGCUGCAAAGUCAACAAUUGUCAGAGAUCAGAUGAUGAAAACAAGAACUGUUGAUGGGAGAACAGAAAGACAAGAAAAUGCUUCAAACAUAAAAUCUGAUUCAGGAAUUGUAAAGCUCAAAGGUAGCUCGUUAGUAAACGGGACAGAUGCUCAGUCAUCAAUGCCUUUGGCUGGUUUAUCAUCGGGGACAUCUAGAUCACUUGAAAAUCAUAAACUAGCUGAGGAUUCCACGAAUAGAGACGAAAUUAUAGCAAAAGUCACCCCAAAGACCAGUGCGGAACCUGAGGUGAGAACUCAAACAAAGCGGACUGUGCAAGCAGGAUCACUUGUGAAGCCAGUGAAGCAAGAUCUUACAAAAGAAGAUGGUAGAUCUGGAAAAUCUGUUGGGAGAGCUUUAGGUUCUUCAACUAGUGACAGAGAUAUCACAUCUCAUACACUAGAUGGAAGGCUGGGUGGGGCUACUAAUGUUUCUUCUUCAGUCUCCGUCAAUGGAAACACAGUUUCUGCUUCAACUAAAGCCUCAGUUUCAUCCACAAGAGCAUCGGAUAUUCAUAGUAGUGACUUAAAGCAAGAUAGUGCAGCUGCUAAGGCUUCUGAUUCUAGGAUCUCUGCAUUAAAGGACGAUGGUGUUGAAGCCUCAGAUGCUCCACGACACACCUCGUCACGGCCUGUGCAUUCUCCCAGGCAUGAUUCUUCUACUGCUUCUAAAUCCAGUGAUAAGCUGCAAAAGAGAACUAGUCCUGCUGAAGAAGCUGACAGGCUAAAUAAAAGGCGGAAGGGGGAGAGUGAAGUGAGGGAUUUUGAAGGUGAUGUUAGACACCCUGAUCGUGAGAGGUCUGUCGAUGCUCGAUUUGGGGAUCCCGAUAAGUUUGGAGCUGAUGAACAAAGUGUUCAUAGAGCCACUGAUAAACUUUUAGAUCGGUCAAAAGAUAAGGCCAGUGAAAGGCAUGACAAGGAUUAUAAGGAAAGAUCCGAGCGAUCAGAUAAGUCUCGUGGAGAUGAUUUAGUUGAGAAACCCAGAGACAGGUCAAUGGAAAGAUAUAGUAGGGAGCGUUCUGUUGAGAGGGGUCAAGAGAGGAACAAUGAUAGAAAUUUUGAUAGACUUUCUGAGAAAGCCAAGGAGGAUAGGAGUAAAGCACGUUACAAUGAUACAUCUGUAGAAAAGUCUCAUGCUGAUGACAGGUUUCACGGGCAAAACUUGCCUCCACCGCCACCCUUGCCUCCUCACAUGAUUCCCCAAUCUCUUACUGCUGGUAGAAGAGAUGAAGAUGCUGAUAGGAAGUUUGGAACUACAAGACACUCACAAAGGCUUUCUCCUAGACAUGAAGAGAAGGAACGAAGACGAUCUGAGGAAUCCAUGCUUUCUCAAGAUGAUGCAAAGCGUAGGAGGGAGGAUGAUUUUAGAGAUAGAAAGAGGGAAGAUCGAGAAGGGAUAUCUAUGAAGGUGGAGGACAGGGAUAGAGAAAGGGAGAGAGAAAGAGAGAAGGCAAACCUUUCGAAGGAGGAAAUUGAUGCAAAUGCAGCUUCUAAAAGGCGGAAACUAAAAAGGGACCAUCUGCAAUCAGCAGAAGCUGGUGAGUAUUUACCGGUUGGUCCACCACCUCCUGCUAGUGUCAAUAUAUCACAAUCAUUUGAUGGGAGAGAUAGGGGAGAUCGGAAGGGGGCUGUGAUCCAGCGUGCUGGUUACUUGGAAGAACCCAGUUUAAGAGUUCAUGGUAAAGAAAUGGCCAGCAAGAUGACUCGUCGCGACAUUGACCCAAUGUAUGACCGUGAAUGGGAUGAUGAGAAGAGGCAAAGAGCUGAGCAAAAACGAAGGCAUCGAAAGUAGGGUUGGUAAAAGCUUGACCUGUGCUGCAUUUUUGGUGUAAUUUAUAUUCAUCUUUUUGUGCUUCUCAAUCUCAUGUCAUGUGUUGUAAUAGAUCUUUUUCUUGUAAGAAAUUUUGGGUGUUAUUCAUCCUUAAAAAGAAGUCCAUUUAUUGGCUAUAAAUAGUAUAGUUUAUAGUGGUUAAAACACAUGUACAGUACUGUAAUUUGUUGCAUCAAAUUAUUAUAAUUUAUUUUCCAUUCUCGGCUUUGUACAUCAUGGGAUGAGAAGAAUGUCCCCAUUAAAAAUGCUUCAUUUAGAGAUUGCAAACAAACUAGUGCUGUGCUGCCCUUAACAUUGUGUUUUUAUACAAGUGUACAUGAAUUUUGGUC